AUGUCUAAAGUAACACUUACAAGAAAAGAACAACAAGCCUUGAGAAAGGCAGCACUUGAAGCAGCACCUGUCAGAACCCUGAGAGAUAUUGGAUCUCCAUUGGAACCUUUGACAAUUCCUAAUUGGAUUAUCAGUCGUCCUAAUAGACAUAGUUCUACUGUUGAUAUCACCAAGAAGAAGCAUGUGCUCUUCUCCCAGGUAUACUCCUGUCAUAGAGGUGGAAACUAUGAAUCUGAAAGCAGAGAAAAGCAUCCAAUUCAAUGUAAAUCAAAGAAAGUUGGCUGUGAGGCAACUCUCACUAUUACUUGUUAUGCUGACAAGUCUCAUGUUUAUGUGUUUGAUUUUAUUGCCAACCACACCAACUAUAUUCCUGGGGAUAUUAAAACCGAUCUUGGACUUAUUCCUUUAACUCAAGGUCAUGUUGAUGAUAUUGUUGCCCGUUUGACAGCCAGUCCAGGCUCAUCAGCUAGAAAAAUCAGACUUGAGAUUCUUCGCAACAUCGACCAACAAGAGUAUUCUCUCAAUGGAUGUAAAAUCAACUACUUUGAUAUUUACAACAAAAUAUUUGCAAUCAACCGAACAAUCUUUUGUUUACACGAGGACAACUUUAAGUCUAUGAAGAUGUGGUUUACCAAAAAACUUUCUCCCAAAGGUUUUAUUAUCUUUGAAGGUAACCUGCAGACAUAUUCGAAUGAUGAGAGCCUGUAUCCAUGUGGAUUUAUCUCGCCUUUCCAUAUCACUCAAAGAUCAGAUGACAUUCUUUAUACUAUUGUCAUUUGUGAUGAAGAACUUGAUUGUGGUUUCCCCUGUGCAUACAUGCUGACCAAUGACUAUUCCUUGGGUCCAAUUGUCCAAUGGUUGAAGCACUUGAAAGACAAUCAGUUGGUUGUAAACCCCCAUGAUGCUGAGACAAAUGCACUCAUGGCAAUCUUCCCUGGAUGCCAAAUCCAAUACUGUCUUUUUCACGUCAGUCAAGCAUGGUACAGACAACUAAACCUGAAAGUCAAGACAGGAAAUACUGCUGCCCAAAACCGUUUGGUUCGAGGAAAAAUGAUGGCUUUUCUUAAGCAUAUCAUAUAUGAAGAGCAUAUAGUUGUAUUUCUUGACAAGAUUGCCGACUUCAUUGGAAGUGUUGUGGUGGAUUUUGUAUCAAAGUUUGACCAGGUUCCUACACUGAACUACUACUGCUAUUUAUAUUCUUUUGGAUUGGGAAAAUUAUAUGACUGGGGUCAGCUGAGGCCUUGUAUUAUUUCCUUCAGACUUAUUCACAAUUACAGCAGUAGUCAAUACUCAUUUACAACAGGAAGAUAUCAGCAAAGACAACCUGAUUUUGUCCGAUACUUUGAGACCAACUGGUGUACCAUGGCUAAGUAUUGUGUUUGGAGUAGAGCUUUCCAUCAGCUUGAAUUCUCUCACAUGCUAACAAACAACUACAUCGAGUCUUGGCACAACCAGCUAAAAACGUAUUUUUUAGGCCGCAGUCACAACAAAAGAUUUGAUCAACUGAUUUUCAUACUGCCAAACAAAGUAGAGUUCUACUUCAAAGAGGAGAGUAUCAGAAUCAAAAUGCGCAGUGGCCCAAUGACAGCUGCCCAAAGACAACAAAGGAAGAUAGAGAUGUCUGCUGAAGCUGUUCCAGCAUACAUGCAUGCUAAUAUGAUUGUCAGCCUGUCAAUAGCAAUGUCUCUGAACACCACUCUUGAUGACACUGAUGAUAUUCUUGAAGAUGAGUUUUGGUUCAUCAACUCGUUUACCAAAGAUGGUAUUACCUAUCAAGUUGAAGUUAACAAUAAUGUUAUUCUUUCUUGUACGUGUUAUUCUUGGACUAGGUACAUGAAGCCUUGUAAGCAUAUGUAUUUGCUCUGUAUCCAUAUGUCAGGCUUUGCUUUCUUGUCUGUGGCUUCUGCAAAUAAUAUGCUGCCAAUCACAAUUUCUGGUGAGCAGUUUGUUAAUGACAACACUAUGUCAAUUGAUGGCACAAGGGAGAGCACUGGGCAUGGGUAUGCCAUAGAGGCAUUUGAGUAUGCAAAGAAUUGUUCAUUAACAACUAGACAUAAUGAGCAAGACUUGUAUCAACUGAUGCAGUAUGCUACAGAAGAGGAAGCUGAGGUUAUCAGAGCAGCAUAUGCUGCUCCCAUAAAGGCUUUUCAAGAAAUCAAAGCUAAAUAUGAAGCUCAUUUUAGAACUUUAAAUACAUAA